UAAGAACCGAUUCCCUAUUAAUCAUGAAAUACAGCAGCACAUUAAUCCGGAUUAGUCGCUGGGGACAUAUUCACCGGAAUCGGAAUGGCUUUUUUGGAUUGGCAAGACGUGCUCCUAUGGAGUGUACUGUACCUCCUAGCUGGCGGCACUACGGACAAUUUGGCAGAAAAUGAAAACUGCUUCUACUGUGUGCACAUUGACGAGUGCGGGAAACUGUUUGGAAUCCUCCAGCAGGGUAAAAGUGCGCCAUUUGAGGAAAUCCGCUUGAUAUACAAAUCCGGCUGCAAUGAUUAUCGCGGUUUGUUCUGCUGCGAAAACGAUCCGAAAGGCAUUGAGGAACUUCAAAAACAAAACUGUGGUGUAUCUGAAGCCCUUCCAGGGGACCUCAACUUCCGCGUCGUUAAUGGCAAGGAAGUGAAAUUAGGCUCCAGACCAUGGAUGGCACUGUUCUUGACCAACCGCUCCGCCAAUGCCGAACACUUUUGUGGUGGCUCGCUCAUAACGCAACGAUUUGUACUCUCGGCAGCGCAUUGUUUCACCAAACAGGAGUAUGGGGACAUAAACUCCGUGGUGGUUCGCUUGGGAGAGCACGAUGUGCGCCAUAUCAGGGACUGCAGGACCUAUGGGGACAAGGAGAUUUGUGCCACACCGUCGGAGGAUUUCGCCAUAAAACGGAUAAUUUCUCAUGAAUUCUUCUCGUACAGCUCCACCACAGCACAAGAUUCCUGCCGCGGCGACUCCGGCGGUCCCCUGGGGAGUCUCGUGAAUUACCUCGGUCGACCCCGCUUCGUUCAAUUUGGACUGGUGAGUUAUGGAUUCGACCACCGUCUACACAAACGUUGGAUUUCAUCUGCCAUGGAUAACCGAAAUUAUGCCGGAAUAACCAAUUCGUAUAGGUAUACAUUUAUUUGUAAAAAGUACAAGAUUCUUACAGUAAAAGACUAAUCAG